AUGUCGGACGAAACUGCAUCUAUAUCCGAAGUGCCCGUCAAGGACACCGAAACCAUCAAGGCUGCAGGAGACGCCGCUCCAGAAACUAAGGAGUCAACCAUUGCGACAGAGUCCAACGGAAGCUCAAAUCAUCAGAAUGGGGAUGCCACCAAGACAGAGGCUUCCACUGAAGAAACGAAGGUAGAGGAACCUGAAAAGAAAGCCGACGCUCCAGAAGCAACCAGUGCUGCUCAAGUUGAGAAGGCUCCAGUUGAGCAAGAAAAGACCGCCGCUGUUGUUACUGAAGCUGAGACAAAGGAGGAAGUUCCACCUGUCGUCGAGGAGAAGAAGACCGAUGUUCCAGAAGCUGCCGCUGCUGUUGUCGAAGAAAAAAAGCCAGAAGAAGCUGUUGCCGCUGAAGAGAAGAAGGAGGAAACAGCUCCAGUAGAGACUAAAACCGAAGCCGUCGCACCUGAGCCAGAAGCCAAAAAGGAAGAAGCUCCAGUUGUCGAAGCAGAAAAGAAGGAAACAUCUACUGCAGAGAAAAAAGAAGCUGCUGCUGAGACUGAAGAGAAGAAGGAGACCGAGGCUUCAAAGACUGAAACCGAAGCUGUUGAUGAGUCUGUUGCAGAAGACGGCGAAGCAGAGACUUCGGCAGUUGCGGCUACUCCAACGACGGCACGCAGAGGACGCGGAAGACCACCAAAUCCAAAUUCCGUUGCUAAAGCUGCUGUCGCUUCUGAGAAAAAGAGAACUCCAAAAACAAAGGCUGCUCCGAAUCCGGAAUCGAUUGCUGCUAGCCGACCACGUCGAUCCACAUCGAGCAGAGUCGACUAUGCUAACUCUGAUACCAGCACAGUUCUCGCUGAGGUAGACGACGAGAUUCCAGGAAAGUUGUUCAAGGGACGCAGAGGACCACGCGGGAAGAUCACGAAAUAUGUGUCCGAUUCGGAUGGUGCUCCAUCUGAUGACGAUGAUGUCGACUUUGGAAAGAAGAAGAAGGGUGGACGUGGAAAGGCGGCUGCUGCCCCAAGAGGACGUCCAGCAUCAUCAUCCAGACCAACUCGCGCUGCUGCCAACAAGAGAAAGACUAAGGAUUACUCCGACGAGUCAAACGAGGACGAAAUCGAGUACGACGAUAAGAGCGAUGAGGACGAGGUUUCUCCAAAGAAGAAGGCCAGAACUGGACCAAAGCCUCCUCGUGGCGGAGUUGAAGCCGAGGAUGAGGAUGAAGAGGGCGAGGAUGAGGAGAUGGUCGGAGGCGAAGAGGUUGAAGCCUAA